CUUUAUCUCUCAAUGGCGCAGUCGCUCGCGUCGUGGAUUUCAAAGUCGAUCGUCCAACACGACAGGGAGCACGGCGCAGACUUUGACACGCCGUGGACAGGCAGUUCAAAGUGCGGCCAGCUGGUAAAGUUCACGACCUACCGCACGGCAGAGAACCCGCACGCAGUAGUGCGCGGAGUCAUCUCAGACCGCACGCAUACCGUCGCGAUCGAGUUUGACGCCGCCGCGACCGACGCCUUCGAAACAAGCGUCGCCGGCGAGCACGCCGAGAGCCUCACCUCGUGCCUGCGCGCCGUCGUCCGGUUGAAGGCCUUUGCGUUCCGCGUCAACGCGCCGGCAACAGGCUCCGACGUCCCUCGUGUCAGCCUGCACGCACGCGCUUGGGAGGUCGUGAGCGGCGAUCGGAGCGACCCCGUCUUCUACUCUCAGGCGGUGGACGUGUCCAACGACGAGGGGGUGCACUCUGUGCUGAGAAAGUGGUGGUUUGGCGUGUGA